CUCGUCGUACCCGCCGAGAACCCGUCGCCGCCGCCGACGACGACAGCCACAGCCAGCAGUCAUGGCCGCCACCUGACCGCAACCCCACUGCGCGCGCGUACGGUACAGUGGAAGAAAAACGCGAGAAAAUCGGUUCGGCAUUUUUUUUUCUCUACCAUUUUGAAUUUUCCGUUCAUCUCUGUGUCUCUCCCUCUCCCACCACUCCUCACUCGCGCACACAUUCGUGGGACGCGAUUUUUCCGAAAACGAAUUGCCGCUCCGUCCACCGUUGCCGUUGACACCACGACAUUGUCGCUCAGUAUCGUCUGCUUAUUACGCGUGUGCAACUGUUCGCCGUCCGUCGCGUGAAAUCGGAUCGCCCGGUCGCGCUCGCAUCACUUCGGAUUCAUCCUCUGGACACACGCACGCUUGCCCGCUGCACCGGAUAUAUGGAUUAACAGCGCGUGUAUAAUAAUAAACUUGAAUUUUUCAAGUGUAUUUUUCUAUCAAGUGUUGUGAUCAAAAUUUGAUACACGUAGCAAGAUAGUUUUAAAAAUUAUUUACAUGAAUCAUAGUGAACAUGUCACAAAACAAUGGACAAUCCCAGAGGUUUUGCCUCCGAUGGAACAACCAUCAAUCCAACUUGCUUGCUGUUUUCGAUCAACUAUUGACGAGCGAGGCAUUUGUAGAUGUGACAUUAGCUGUCGAAGGUCAAAUGCUUCGUGCUCACAAAAUGGUUCUUUCAGCUUGCAGUCCUUACUUUCAAACUCUUUUUGUUGGACACCCUGAUAGACAUCCGAUUGUAAUACUCAAAGAUGUUCCACUAGUUGACAUGAGAUCUUUAUUAGACUUUAUGUACAGGGGCGAGGUUAGUGUUGAUCAAGAUAGAUUGGCAGCUUUUCUUAAAGUAGCAGAAUCAUUGCGAAUCAAAGGUUUAACUGAGGUCAAUGAAGAUCGUGGAGACUUACCCUCGUUAGCUUCUUCUCUUCUUCAGUCUCACUCAUCAUCUCCGUCUUCUUCACCAGUACACAACAACCAAAUGGCUCAUGUGCCUCAACUUCAGCGCAUACAUAACCAUAGUCCUUUACCUAUGAAAAGGCCACUGCCAUCUCAUCCGUUACAUGAUCAACAGCGUCAACAUUUGUCAUACCCAAUGAACCCGCUAUUAGGAUCUGCUCUGACUGCACCAAAAAGGAAACGUGGACGCCCCAGGAAAUUAUCUACAGGAAGUAACUCACCUUCACGGCCAAAUGACAAUAACAAUGAUGAUAGUAGAGCAUCCACACCAGUUGGUACAAGCGCAGGAAGUGGCCGUGAUCCUCCAGAUUUAUUAGAAUUGAACAUGUCUGAAGAAUCAGAAUCAGCUGCAGCUGCACCUAGACAUUUGGAUUCUCCAAGUCAUUUAUCUGAUCAUGAAGACAUGGAAGAAGAGUAUACUGAAAAUGGAAUGGAAAUAAAACAAGAGCCCAUUGACCCAGUUCCAGGAACAUCCCAAGAUUUAAGUACAGUGAAAAAAGAAUACGACACUCAUUCUACUAGUAUGCAGUUAGACCAAAGCGCAUGUGACAUGCAUAAUGCCAACAUGUUAAAGUUGUUGUCUUCUCGGACUGACCACGACCACCACCAUCACCUUCACCAAGGAGUGGAUAGCGGCGACCGAGACAACAACAACGACGCCCGCCUGACGCUGGCAGCCAGCUGGUCGGUGAUGGCGGCCGAUCAAAAGUCCAAGUUCUCGCUGGCCGUGUCCCAGCACACGUCCGGCUACAAGCAGCAGCUGCAGGCGGCCCUCGACGAGGAGAAGCGGCAGAUGCAAGAGUCGCAGCAACUCCACCACCACCAGCAGCAACAGCAGCAGCAGCACCACCAACAACAGCAGCAACAACAGCAACAAGCAGCCGCCGCCGCCGCAGCAGCCGCAUCGCUGAGGACGCCAGUCAAACGGCGCAUCCGGCGGCGGGCCACGUCGUCCAGCGACCCGGCGGAGCAACUGACCGAGAUGUCGGUCCGCGGCCUGAACCUAUUCCGUUACGCCACCGUGUCCGAGGGCAUCUACAAGUGUCUGGAAUGCGCCAAGACGGACAUAUUGAAAACGUUCAAGAACAAGUACAGCUUCCAGCGGCACGCGUUCCUCUACCACGAGGGCCACCAGCGCAAGGUGUUCCCGUGCCCGGUUUGCGCCAAAGAGUUCUCGCGACCCGACAAGAUGAAAAACCACAUGAAGACCGUACACGAGUGCUACAUGCCAAAGGCCAUUGACUUCCCGCAGGUGCCGUUCCUAUUGCCGCCAUGAGAUCGUCGUCGUCGUCGUGCGGCGUCACCGUCGGUGUGAGUACACACACAUGCACACACAAACACAUACACACACGUCUGCGGUUGAUGAGCGCCGAAUUUGGGGGGGUGGGGGAUUUGGAGAGAAGGGGCGAUCUAGCGAUACCUACGCUACCGCCCUGCCAAUUGAUAUAUAUAUAUCAUAAUACAUUUCUACGGACACGUUUUAUUUUCUCCGCAAAGGUUUGGCAUUUAUUAUAUAAAAAAAAAAAAAAAAACGUUUAAAUAUUGUACACGUUUUUUUAUUAUUAUUUUUAUUAUUAUUAUUAUGUUUAUUACUAUUAUAUUUUUAUUUAAUUUUUUUUCUCCAUCGUGUGUCUUCCGGAUAAUAAUGUUGAGUUUUAUAUUAUAUAUUUUUCUUAUAUAAAUUACUACACUCCCAGAUAGGGAUUAUACUUUUGACCAAAAAAAAAAAAAAAAAAACCUCGUUAAUCAUAUUACCUAUAUCAGAUUAUGGAUUAAUUUUUUUUUUUUAUUAUUAUUAUUUUUUAGCUUCUAAACAACCACUGUGACUCGUCGAUAUGUGUAUGUGACGUUAUUUUGUGAAAUUUUUUUAUCAUAUAUACCUCCGACAUUCGCUAUAUAUAUUUACACGCAGUUUUUCAAGUUUAAGCGUUAAUUAUUACCAAAUUUUUUUUUAUGUUAUUUUAAAUAUUACAGAAACCAAAUAAAACGCAUUAGAAUAUUAUUUCAAAUGUUAAAAUAAGUACAUCAAAAAUCGUAGUUUAAAAAAUAACAUUCAGUAUAAUUGCAAUAUUUUGUUCGACGAACGAAGAAACGACAAUCAGAAUUUAAACAACAAACAGCAAUAACAAUUUACGUCCUAAGAAGUUGAAAAACAUAGCAGCGCCUGGUGCUUUUUUAAAUUUGAUUAGUUUAUUAUUUGUUUUGAGCUGGUUGUAGGGUGGUAUUGUGCAAUAUAAUUCCAAAAAUAAAUUUUUUUUAAACCAUCUAGUUGUUUUUUACCAAAAUAUAUAGUUUACAUUAUUUUAUUCUAUUAAUUUUAUACAUUACCGUCUGCGAAAAUCAUUUAUACAAACAAUUCAAAAAACGUUCGACUGAAUUAGAGUUUGACGAUUAUUUUACGGUUUUUUUUUUUAACCUAUUAAGGCCAGUUAGUUAUUGAGACUGAAUACUAUAAUGAAUAAAAAAAAAAAAGUAGGAUAAACUUCUCAAUGUUCUGGAAAACGACAAUAAUAUGUUCUUUUCUCCUUUUAUUGCCCUAAAUAUAUUGUACAAAAUGAAAACUUUGUUUUCUUUUCACUUUUUUUUUUUUUUUUUU